UGCAGAGUGUUUUGGUGAUUGAGUUGCCCUAUAAAUGGCGGGAGCGUGCCCAGUAUUGAAAUUUCACACGCCGAGUCACCUCUCUGUGUCUGUCAACUUUUUCACUAAUUACACUCCAAUCCCCCCCAAAACCCAUCCCUAAUUCUUCACUUCCUUGUUUUUUACACUCUCUUUCCCUCAAUCUCUAUAAAAUUCUCGGAUUCUUCAGAAAUUAGGGUUUUUUGCUGGGACAAAAUCAAAGUAUCAGGAGUUUCUGAUUCAAUGGAGGCCACGGCCGGAGUCGCUGCCACACGCGGCGGUGGUUCUUUGCCGAUGCCGUCAUCACGCAAGGAGUGGCGUGCCGUUUCUGACCAUCAUCCUGUUCGAAAUGUCAGUGAUGAGGAACUGGAACAAUCAAAAUUGGGGCAAUCUGAUGAGAGAACAAUAUAUGAGGUGCAGCAAGGAAGAGAGCCAGCUGAUGUUGACUUCUGUUCCAUCACGGUGGAUGGAAAUUUGGGUAACGACUUAUUACAGCAGCGGCUUCAUAGUGUUGCUAGACAAAGAGAAGAGUUGCAACAUCUGGAGAUUGAGCUUAGAGCUCAAAUGAUUGCAAGAACUGAGAUCAUGGAAAUGCAAAACAGCUUUGAAUCUCAAAUUAAGGAGCAUUCUAAUGCUGCUGCCAAGCUACAGGAGCAACUUCUUGAAAGGGAACAAAACAUACAUGAAUUGGAGAGGAAACUGGAAGAAAAAGAAAGAGAGCUACAUGCAAUCAAAUUAGAUAGUGAAGCGGCUUGGGCUAAAGAGGACCUUUUCAGGGAACAGACAAAAGAACUGGCAACUUUCAGCUGCCUGAGCAUAAGUGGGGAAAUGGUUGAAUAA